GUGGGAGAGUGUCAGUCGGUCGAAUUGUGAAUACGCGGUGCCGCUCUCGGCACUUCAGUCGCAUCGAGCUACUCGUGGAACGCGUGUCGUGUUGUGCAUGCAUGCAUGCUUGCGUGCGGUUAAACGUGCGUGCAUGUGUGUGCUUAUUAUUGUGGUGUACCCGGAGUGGUCGCGUGUGCAUGUGUGCGGGUCAUAACACGGUGUUACGCGGUCUCGACAGUGCAUGUCGUGAUUACUAUAGCCAUCGUCUCGUCUGUCCGUCCAUCGCGAUCACGCCAAAUGCACGUCUCGCGCUUCUCGAGAUCUUGCAGUAACACCCGUGGUUGUUGCUGUGCCGUUUGACAGCGCGGCCGAUUCGAAGAACGAAGAGGAAAGGGGAAGGAAGCCGCGUCUAGUCCCGCGGUUGAUGACUCUUCGAACGAUCGUACCGAAUACGCGACGACGAAGGAGGAGAAAGAGGAAUUGAAUCGUCUCGUUGCUCGUGCUGCGUCUCUUUUUCUCUGUUCUUCUUGCGCUUCAGAGCACGAUUUACGGAACUUACCACCAAUCUUUUUCGCACAGUUUUCGCUCCCGGUUUCUCUUUCUUUCGCUUUUGCUUUUCUUUACCAAUUCAUCUCGCCGAUUUGGCCAUUUUGCCAAAAUGAAAAUAAUUCAGAGGUAUCGUCGUGCGAUUCUGGCACCUGUAUCGAUCGUGAUAUUAUUAUGCGGUUGUACCGAUCUCGUGUCAUCUCGAUCACCACGUUUUGCCGAACAUCCAAAAAACGAUACCGACUUCGUAUCCGUUGACUGUGAACGUGUUAAGCCAUUUUUCGAGAGCAAGAAUAUCACGAUCUUGGUUGAUAGGAAACAAGCUACAGCAGAAGACAUCGCAAAAACAACUUGCAACGGCAUGUGCUGCAACCGGGACACCGAAGAACAAUUAAGACAUCAAGCCAGGGCAGAUUUUCACGACUUGAUCCAUCAUCAUAGCAGAAGUUUGCAAGGCCUUUUGGCGACAACGGCGGAUGCGUUAAGGGGUAAGUGUUUAGCAAAAGGAGGCACUUCAAG